AUGACAUCUGCAGACUCAGAGUUCGUUUCUCAUGACCAACCACAAGCAACAGAGUCUCUCCCGUUCGAACAGAAGCAACAACAACCACACAUUAUUGAUGAAUCCAACACCUCCAUGCUAUCUCUCGUCACCUACAAGGAUCAGUACAUUCAAAUCAUCCAAAAAGCUGCUUCCUCUCUCUAUGAACAAUACAAGGAGAUGAUUCAUCGUGUCGUCGGCUCAGUUCCCAAACAAAAAACCAAAUUCAAGUAUUGGUAUGGAAAAUAUGGAGGUCCAUUCACCUGGAAGGAUCUUGGAGAUCCAAUCGAUGAUUUGGAUUUGGCAUGUUUUAUGCACGACAAAUUUCUUCCACUCUCUGAUGUGAGGCAACUCACGAAAUUGAUGAGAGAGUUCUAUGGAAGCGAAAUGAGCAAACAGGCCAUCGCUUACACUCGAAAAAUUGAGGGAAAAGCCUUCGGAAUUAUUGAACCUACUUAUAUGAAGAUCUUUGGAAAGAUGUAG